UCUAGCAAGAAAACUUUCGACUUUCGAGUCUCCUACAGAAACAGCUUCUCGACUACUCUCUCUACCUCCGACUCCGACGAGCUACUUUCUCCGGCGACGACAAUGGUUCUCGAGGCGACUAUGAUAUGCAUUGACAAUUCCGAAUGGAUGCGCAACGGCGAUUACACUCCUUCCCGUUUCCAAGCGCAGGCCGAUGCCGUCAAUCUCAUCUGCGGCGCGAAAACUCAGUCGAAUCCGGAGAAUACGGUAGGGAUUCUGACGAUGGCUGGGAAAGGAGUGCGUGUUUUGACUACUCCCACCACUGAUCUUGGGAAGCUCCUAGCAUGUAUGCAUGGUCUGGAAAUGGGAGGUGAAAUGAACAUUGCAUCUGCAAUCCAGAUUGCUCAAUUGGCUCUUAAGCAUCGUCAGAACAAGAAUCAGCGACAAAGGAUCAUAGUGUUCGCUGGAAGUCCAAUUAAAUACGAUAAGAAGAUGCUCGAGUCCAUUGGCAAGAAAUUGAAGAAGAGCAGUGUAUCUCUUGAUAUUGUUGAUUUUGGAGAAGAAGAUGAGGGGAAGCCUGAAAAAUUGGAGGCCCUCCUAACAGCUGUCAAUAACAAUGAUAGCAGCCAUAUAGUUCACAUUCCUCCUGGUCCAAAUGCCCUAUCUGAUGUUCUCAUCAGCACUCCUGUAUUCACUGGAGAUGGAGAAGGAGGAAGUGGCUUUGUGGCAGCUGGUCCAGUAGCUGUUAGUGACUUCGAUUUCGGCGUUGAUCCUAACAUCGAUCCUGAGCUGGCACUUGCCCUUAGAGUAUCCAUGGAAGAGGAGAGGGCAAGGCAAGAAGCUGCUGCUAAAAGGGCUGCCGAGGAAGGUUCAAGCCAAAACAAAGGAGAUGAACAAUCAUCCAAGUCGCAGGAUACAACAAUGGCUGACACCACUGGAGCAACGGCUGCGACUGAUGCUGCUGAACCGAUGAGUGAGGUGGAUGCAUUGCUACAGCAAGCCAUUGCCUUGUCGAUGCAAACUCCAGCAUCAGAUUCAGCUGUCCGUGACACUGAUAUGUCGGAGGCAAACAAUGAGGACCAGGACUUGGCAGCUGCGCUUCAAAUGUCCAUGCAGGAAGGUGAAAAGGAUUCAGCAGGUCAAAUGGACAUGAGUGAGGUGCUAGAGGAUCAAGCCUUUGUGUCUUCUGUCCUCGCAUCGCUUCCUGGUGUUGACCCCAAUGACCCUUCCGUAAAAGAUCUGCUUGCAUCUUUGCAUGGCAAGUCUGAGUCUGCUGAUCAGAAGAAGGAUGAAGAAAAGGCACCGAAAGACGACGAGAAGUGAAGAAACAUGUGCUCGAUUAGUCUCUUUCAUCUCCCCCUCAAAUCAAUGUCUUCAAUCCUGGGGCAUGGCAGCCAUGUAAACUUAUUUAUGUGCCCUUUUCAAGCUGUAUUCUAUUCGAUCACCGGAUAGUAAAUUUGGAUUAGAAGUAUUGGCUGGGACUCUUUUGUUUCCCUUUCCGAUCUUAAUCUGUUUGAUUCACGUGGGAAUGAAAAAUGUGGAUGAACACUGAACAAACCCUGUUUCAAACAUGGUGCUUGCUUCCUCUGUCUAUGCAGUCUUGCUUAAGGUACACUACAUCGAAUUCGGUUAAUGUCACGUUCGCCUAACGAAGAACAUAGAAAAUGUUGGCUUAGUUUAUCUUCAAUCACAGCUAAUCAUCCUAUUUGACAGUCUGAUGUAGUGGAUGAUCCAUUCUCAGACAUUAUCAUACAACUGGUAUUUUUACUUUCUGGCCAUGUUGAGUGUCUUCUGGUGUUCACAGUUGCGACCAAAAGGGAGGGAGACAAGCUAGAUCAAUCCAAAAACGCAGCUUCCUUGUGUAAACAGAUGGAUGGAACCUCAAACUAACCCCAAUACACCAAGUAAAGGAGUCCAUAAAGGAAAUCAAUCAUAUAUAUAUAUAUAUAUAUAUCCAACUGUGGCUAUGAUUGAACCAUAUGAUAAAAGUCUACAAGAAGCUUCAGAAUUUUGCCCAACUUGCAAAAUUCCAAGCACUUGCUUCUCCAUGUACAGUGAGAGCUGAAGAAGAUCAUAAUGAUGGUUUGCUCCACCAAACCCGAUCGAGUACCUCCACUAAGAAGCUGCCAUAUAUCAAGAUAAGAAUAACGAGGGGGAGGGUGUAACUUCUCUUAUGCUUCUCACGGGCCGUCUCAUAACAUCAAUUAUUAACUGCAAACAAUUUAAUUAGAAGAAUUCUAUAGAUGUGCACAUUUCAAGUUCAGUGAGUUGAAAUUAAUUUCAUGAAACGUGCUAGAUUAUCAUCCCGAGAAUGUGGCCUGAUUGUGUGUUGUUUCAUCUCGCCUCUCAAUCACGUGGUCAGGAUUGGAAUCCAUGUUCAUGAAGACGAAACCCAGUAUGUAAUACUAGUUACAUAUUUAUCGAUUUUUACAACUACCUUAGAUAAGAAGAUUAGUCGCCACGAAGAAUAUUGUGAUUUGCCAAUCUGAUUGAUCCCAAAUUUGCUGUAUGACAUUUUCAUCAAAUGUUGGAUGUUGGCUCUUACCUUCCUUUAACUUGCAUUCGACAAACUUGUGGGGAUACUCCAACCUUCCCGAUAUCUCAUUGAUCCUAUGAAGAUACGUUCUUUUGUGGCAAAUUUUAAUUUUUGCACACUUUUGGGCUGUGCCUCGGUUUGUUCAUUCCACAAUGCAUUAGCCAGAAUACAUGCAUGAUACCAUGGGAUUGGUUCUUCUCCCCUCUAGCAAGUACAAAUUGAACUAGCUAGCCCACUUCAUUCAUGAAUCAUCUCUCUCAAACUUUGCUUUUGUUUAGGUUUUCGGGGAUUGGGAAACAAGCGAGCGAAGGUUAUGCCUGGAAAUUCAGUGGUAGGACGUUUAGUACUAAACUUGUGGUUAAAGUUUAUACCGCUAGAAUUGCCUGCCAAUCUUGGGUUCGGUAUCUUGUAUUCUCAAUCCGACCAGGGCGGUACGUUGCAGUUUCUAAAACAUUGAACAUUUUUUUGGCAAAACAUAAAUGUGUCUGGUGGUAUUUGACUAGCUAUAUGGUGAUGAGUUCAAGUUCUUCGAUAUGAUUAGCGGCUACCCUUUUUAAAAGCUCGCGAGCAAGUGUGCAUUUUGGAAACGGAUUGUGCAUAUAUGAUUGCAUAUUGUACUAAACUAUUCAUCUCCAUGACGAGACAAGGUGCAUGCAAAACACGAAUGGAACAUCUCAAAUAUGAUAUAUUUCUAAACCAAAAUCUUUAAACAGUGAUAGAUCGAUAAUUACUAUAAAAAUCAGACCAAAAAAAAAAUUUAACAAUUCCCU